AUGGCGUCGAUGACUUCUCCUCUCCCCGGGCUGGCAGCUGGACUACCGGCUGGACCCCUAUCCUACUCUUUCGGCAUCCGCACCCAGCCCGCCUUCUCGACUGUCACAGAGGCCUUCUUCCAUCAUGCUGCCACGAAGCCCAACGCCAUUGCCGCGAAGGACUUGGCCAAUGGAGGCCGAGAGGCAACCUACGGCGAGCUAGCAAAACGUAGCACUAUCCUGGCCUCCAAGUUGCGUGGCAUGGGUGUUGGACCCGGUGCCAGGGUUCCCCUCGUUGUCAAGAGGGGCAUUGACAUGCUCGUGGGUAUCAUUGCCAUCCUUGCAUGCGGAGCCCAGUAUGUACCUCUGGACGGCGGGGUGGUCCCCGACUCGACCCUCCGUUUUGUUACGGGCCAGGCCGGGGGCAAGAAUUGCACCGUUCUGGCUAUCAAGUCCACCCGUCACCGCCUGGAUGUUUGCGAGGUCGGCCAGGUCGUUUGCAUCGAUGAUGUGCACGACCAGCAGAGCCAACAGACCCUCCGCCCGGAAAACCAUGCAUCCCCCGAUGGUGGUUGCUACGUCAUCUACACUUCUGGAACAACUGGCACCCCGAAAGGUGUUAAUGUUACUCACAAGAAUGUCUGCAACCUCCUGUGUCUCGCCCCGGGGAAUCUGGGCAUUACCAGCGGUAUCCGAGUUGGGCAGGUGCUCAAUGUCAGUUUUGACAUGGCCGCGUGGGAGAUCCUUGGCUGCCUCUGCAACGGCGGUACCCUUGUUCUCCGAGGCUCCGACUGGCUCGAAGCCUUGAAACAGGUCGAUGUUCUUAUUGCGACCCCCAGCAUUGUCGCCAAAUACGAGCCUCAUGAGCUUCCCAACAUCAAGACGGUGGCAACGGCAGGAGAGCCCAGUUCUCAGAGGCUUGCCGAUACUUGGGCCACCAGUGGAACUUAUUACAACUGCUGUGGACCGACGGAGACUACCAUUGUCAAUACGAUGCAUCGCCACCAGGCCGGCGAGCCUCUAACCAUUGGAAAGCCGACGCCCAACAACAACGUCUACAUCCUCGAUGAUAACCUCCGUCCCGUCAACGCGGGUGAGCCGGGUGUCAUGUGGGCUGGAGGCUGGGGUGUGUCUCGUGGUUACAUUAAUCUUCCGGACAAGACCGCCGAGAGAUACAUCCUUGACCCCUUCGCCAAUGAUGGUUCCAUGAUGUACAACACUGGUGACAUUGGGCGCUGGACUGCCGACGGCUCCAUUGAUAUUCUCGGCCGCCAGGAUGACCAGAUUAAGAUUAAAGGUUUCCGCGUCGAGCUAGACGGGGUGACUUCCUCCCUCAACUCCAGCACCGAGGUUGAACAGGCUACCGCACUGUUCAUCGACAAUGAAAUCCACGCCUUUGUCACCCCGGCCACCUGCGACACGGAAAAGGUCAAGAAGCACGUCAAGUUUUCCCAGCCUUACUAUGCCGUCCCCAGCGUCUUCCAUGCCCUCGACGCCCUCCCCCUCACGGCCAAUGGCAAGAUUGACAAGCGUGCCCUCAAGGCCACCUUGACUACCCCCGUUGAUGAGAAGGAGCUGGUCAAGUCUGUGGCGACCGUUACCGAGAUCGAGAAGCCUGCCAGGACUGCCUCCAACCAUGGCCGCAAGUCAUCUUCCUCCUCCAUGGGCACGGCCGUGGCCUCCGAGUCCGACUGCCCCUCGGCAGCGACUACGCUCUCUGUUCCCGAUGAAAAGGCCCUCGAGAUUGACCUCGAGGCCGGCAUCCCGGACAAGAAGAUGGGCAAGCGCAGCCGCGGCAUUCGCUACCGCAUCCUCAUCGUCUACCGUCGCCUGUUUACCAUCAUGGGUCUUCUGAACAUCGGUGCCGCCCUCGGCAUCAUCUUUUCUGGCUUCCCGCGAGAGUGGCUCGGCAUCCUCACGGCUCUCAACCUGCUCCUCGCCGUCCUCGCCCGCCAGGAUUUCGUCAUCAACGCCCUCUACACCGUCGCCUGUAGCCUGCCUAGGUCGUGGCCCCUGCAAAUUCGCAAGAGGGCCGCCCUCAUUUACCACUUUGGCGGCGUCCACUCGGGCGCUGGAGUCGGUGCUGCCUUGUGGCUCCUGGCCAACAACAUUGGUGACGCUGCCUGCAUGGUGACUGACAAGUGCUCUGGGACGUGGGGCCAGCAGUCCGUCGCCGGAAAAGUCGUCUCCUGGCUUUUGACUGCCUUGUUCUGCGCCAUGCUUACCAUGGCCUACCCUACCAUACGCAAGAAGUACCACGACAGCUUCGAGAGCACGCACCGCUUCGUUGGCUGGACCAUGCUCGCUCUGUUCUGGGUCCAGGUUGUUCUGACUGCCAACGACACGCGCCAGCCCUCGACGACAAGCCUCGGAAAGGCCUGCGUCGUCUCCGCACCCUUCUGGAUGCUCCUCGUCGCCACCUUCAGCGUUGCCUCAUCGUGGUUCUGGCUGCGCAAGGUCCGCGUUGAAGCCGAGACUCUCUCCGACCACGCCGUCCGUCUCCACUUUGACUACACGGUCCCUGUCAACGGCUCCUUCACUCGUCUGUCGACCGCCCCGCUUAAGGAGUGGCACUCGUUUGCCACCAUUCCUGCCCGCGAGCCCGACAGUGGUCGUCCGGCCGGCUACUCCCUCAUCGUCUCGAACGCGGGCGACUGGACAAAGUCCUGCAUCAAGGACGGGCCCAACAGUAUCUGGGUCCGUGGCGUCCCCACGUGCGGUGUCAUGCGCAUUGCUACCCUCUUCCGCCGCGUCGUCGUCAUUGCCACGGGCUCUGGUAUCGGCCCUCUCCUCGGACACCUUCAGAACCAGUCUUGCCCUACCCAGCUCAUCUGGUCCACGCCUAAUCCUGAGAAGACUUUUGGCUCCAAACUGGUCAACACUAUUCGCGAGAAAGUCCCCGGAGCAAUCAUCCACAACACCAAGGAGCUCGGUCGCCCUGAUCUUGUGAAGAUGGGCUACAACUUGGCCAAGGGCUUCAACGCCGAGGCUGUCAUCAUCAUUGCCAAUGAGAAGAUCACAAAGAAGGUCGUCUACGGCCUCGAGAGCCGUGGAAUGCCCGCCUACGGUGCAAUCUGGGACAGUUAA